AUGUGUGCAGAGGAUCCCUGGUUCGAGCCCAGAGAUGAAGAAGAGGAGGAGAAGAUUGGGACAUCUGUUAAUCAUGGAGACCAUGUUGAGACAUUCUCUACAUCCAGAGAGCAACAGCAGGAAGAUCACAGAGCUAAGAGGUCUCACCUCUGCCCACAUUGUGGGGAGAUUUUCCCAAUUCUAUCAAAACUAGAAAUGCACCUGAAAAUACACACAGGAGAGAGUCUGUAUUCCUGUACUGACUGUGGAAAAAGCUUCAAAACAUCAAGGUCUCUGACAGUUCAUCAGAGAACACACACAGGAAAGACGCCUUACUCCUGCUCAGAAUGUGGAAAAAGUUUCUCUCAACAGAGCAAUUUAAAAACACACCAACGUAUACAUAAAGGAGAGAAGCCUUACUCCUGCUCUGACUGUGGGGUCAGUUUCUCCGGAUUGGAUACCUUAAAAACACACAAACGUAUACAUACAGGAGAGAAGCCAUAUUCCUGCUCUGACUGUGGGAAGACAUUUUCUCAACUGGUCCAUUUAAAUGCACACCGACGUAUACAUACAGGAGAGAAGCCUUACUUCUGCUCUGACUGUGGAAAGAGUUUCUCUCAACAGAGCAGCUUAAGAUCACACCAGCGUACACAUACAGGAGAGAAGCCGUACUCCUGCUCUGACUGUGGGAAGUGCUUCACAACAUCAUCUGCUAUAAACGUUCAUCAGAGAACACACACAGGAGAGAAGCCUUACUUCUGCUCUGACUGUGGAAGGAGUUUUUCCCGGUUGAAUACCUUAAACUGUCACCAGCUAAUACAUACAGGACAGAAGCCUUACUUCUGCUCUGACUGUGGGAAGAAUUUCUCUCUACAGAGCAGCUUAAAAUCACACCAACCUAUACAUACAGGAGAGAAGCCUUACUCCUGCUCUGACUGUGGAAAGUGUUUCUCUCGACAGGGCAGCUUAAAAUCACACCAACGGAUACACACAAUAGAGAAGCCUUUUUCAGAAUAAAACCGUACAUUUUGGGUGGAUUGACAAUGGACCCCUGCUUAAGGUAUCCUCCUUUUUAAAUGAAGUCUUACAGAGUUGGCUACAAUGUCAUCCUUCAGACAAGGCAGAUCUCAUAUUACAGCAAAUAAUAUGGCUCAGCUCCAAUGUACUGAGAGAUAAAACAAGAAAACUUUUAUUGUAAAAGAAAGUGUGUAUAAUAUCUAUGAAGGACAUACAUUUAACAUUUUACAACAUACAACAUUUUCAGACAAGAUAGAAAGGCCAAAGAGGGCAGUGUUGCAAUCUACUGCAGAGAUCUGUCCUACUAUCCAGGUCUGUACCCAAACAAUUUGA